AACGUGCGAACGACCAUUUGAAAUGGAUAACUUCGGACGUGUCUGUAGAUUUCUAGCAUAAUAUUAAUAAUAAUUGUGUAAUACGUAUUACGUAUUAUAAUCAUAAUCAUAUCUGUACAAUAAAACUCGUUUCGUCGAGCUUUAUUAUUUAUUUAGCUAUUAUUUAUUAUGCUCGCGAGUAUAGACGCAAUGACACGAGAUCCGUAAAGAAGACGACCGAUUCGAUAUGUGAUUAAUAACAUUUUAUUUUCGUUUUUAUAAGAUCGUGAGCGUGUGUAAAAGAAAUUCGACUUUAAUACCUUGACGACUGACGACGAGUUUCGAUUACCUUCUGUUAUAAACCGGGAUUACUGUAAUACCGCCUCUAUCUUAUGUGGUAUACCUGUACAUUAAUAUGUUGGUAGGCAAUACGAGCGUCUCGACAUGUGACUGCACGAUAAUGAAAAAAAAGGUAAUUUUGCAAACCCGGAUCGGCGUAGAAAUAAGGAACAAUUCUGCACUAAUAGGAGUGCAAUCAUAUCACUACCGUAUCAAUCAAUAUCACUCUGUACGAUAGUAAUAUUAUAUAAUACAGUCUAACAGCCAGAGCGGCAGUAUACAUUAUUGCAGUAAACUCACCGCACUAGCGAACGGUUCGCACCGCACCGCACCAAAACACAUCGCGCACGUGGCCGGCGUAAUAAUAACAAUAUAAACGGCACGGCGUGUCGCGUCCCGCAGGAGUGCUGCUGCAGCUGCAGCUUGACGGCCGCCCGAGUUGUGCAGUAGUGUGAGGUUAGCCGAUGUGGUAUUCGGCUUGCUGGGCGGCGGUAUGGCUCCGCCUGCAGGCACGUCGUCCAUGUUGCGGUCCAGGCGCCGCGACGCAACCCUCAAGCCGAACAGGACGCUGGACAGGAGCGCCUCCCGAGGAAUGCUGUACGAGAACGAAGAGCUCCGGUUGCGCACCAUCAACAUCAACGCCGAAGUUGAAAAAGGGCAAAAUUACAUAAAAAAGCUACGUCGGGAAAACGAACAACUUAAGAGGGAGAUAUGGAAUUUAAGAGAAGAAUAUGAACGAUUGGAAAAUUACGUAAAAAGCAGAGAACAAUCGGAAAACGAAGAGGAAUACGAAGAAUUUGACGACGACGAAAACGACGACGAUAACGAUGACAGCGAAGUAGUGACCUCAGGAGAACCGACGGAAGCAGCUACUGAUACGAUGACAGUAGCCACAGUGGCUGUGUUGGAGACUGUAGUCGAAGAGGACGGCGAUGAUGGCGAUCAGCGACUUAACCUGGGACCCGGCGAGGUCCUAAAAGGUGCCGGUGAAAACGUCGAGCCACAAAACUCAAGCUCUCCGGGUGUCGACAACCUGCACGAGAUUAAUACUAUCAACAACGAUCGCCGUCAUGUCACCGUCAGCGGUGAGGCGGCGGCUGACCUGGAACGGGACGCCGCCACCAACACCGCCUGCACGACAUCGGCGACCGCGGACGGCCCGAAGGGACGCGACGUUGCAGUGACGGCCGACUCACCUGUGACCGGUGGCGGGGUCGGGUGCGACAGCGACGACCCCAACCGCCACGACGACAGUGAUCGCACCCGACAACCGCAGCUACAGCAGGAGGACCCGGCCAUACAGCGCGGAGAACAACCCUCGUCGCAACUGGACGCGGCGGUGCUGCAACCGCAUACCGCGUGUUUUGACACCGGAAGUAACCGCCAACUGCACGAUCUGACGGUGGACGAAGUGAUCGACGCCAUACAGGACGCCGAGCUCAGGGACAAGUUGCGAACGGUUUGCUUGACGGACGACAGAUGUUACAUGACGUUCGCCAACGCCGAGUGCUUAGAACGGGCGCUGCACUCGGCUUUCAGGAUCCGUGACGUGCCUGUGCUGUUGAUGGACACGGGUGCGGGUGCCGUAAUCCUGUCGCUGACGGGUGUACCGGACACCGUGGCCGACAAGGACGUACUGAAAUGUCUCAAGAAAUACGGCACGAUCAUCGGCGGAGUGGAGAGGAAGACUGCCCGGUGUGGGACGGCCGGCGGCGAGCGUUACGUGCGCGUCCGGCCGACACUCGGUGCGCCCAGGUACCUGUGGUUCGGGUCGGACAAAGUCAUCGUCAGGCAGCUGACCGAGCACGAGACGGGCACGAUGAACAGCAUCGCCCGGCGAAAGUCGUUCAGAUCUCAGAUCAAGUUGAACUUGAAAAUGGCCGACGCACCGACGUCGUCCGGCGACCACGGCGAAAACGGUGGAAGAGCGGACAGUGGAGGCGGUGGCGAUGAGGCCUGCUGCGGAAGUGGCGGCGGCGGCGGCGGCGGCGGCGUCGGGUCCUGCACUGCAACCGCGAUGACCGCGGUAUCCGUUCAAAAUGGAUUCAAAUUCCCGACUUCGGAUCCAAAAACUGUAGCCAUUGCCGGUCAACCCGUGGCAGCAGAACCCAAGACUGCGGCGGCGGUGGUGGUCGGGACGACCAACUCCAAGUCGGCAGGGUCGCCGAAGAGAUCGAAACCGGCGCCCGCAAAUGAUAGGGAGGGUGCAGGUCCACCGACGGCUGCUUCGGGCCCCUCCGAAUCGCCGCUCAGGGGCCGGCGGAGGACGUCUCUGAUGGGUUUCCGACGGGAAACCAUAAUCAAGCACCGUGGCGGGUCCGUGUCCAGGGUGGACGGUGGCGAGGACGCGGACAGCGACACGAGCACGAUUUGCCGCCGAAAGCUGAGCAUCACGGGUCGCGAAAAUACGGAAAAAGUGCCAUGGUGUGGGUGCUGGGGCAACGGGUGUCUGUAGUGUAAAACUACGAUACAGUCUAGUCUCGAUAACUCGAAAACCUAGAUAACACAAAGAUUUUUCUUGGCCCUUGAAGUGUUAUUAAUUCGUGAGCAUGAGAUAUUUUAUAAUAUAACUUGAAUGAUACACGAGACGAAUUUAUUUCUAUUCCCCUUGAGAUUCGAAUCAUCGUGACUUCUGUAUUGCGGUGUAAUGUUAUAAAUUUAUAAUUGUGGCAUACACGUUAAUAUUACGAACGAAAAUAGUAUAAGUAAAUACUUAUUUUUAUAUUAAUGAAUGUAAACGUUUAAACUUAACUGUUAAGCUCGUUUUUUUAAAUUUUUUUUUGAUUUUCAAUUUUUGAUGUUCAUUUUAUUAUUUAUGUGCCUACUAUAAUUAACUAAUUGUAUAAUAACUACCA